CUUUAUGAGCAGUAGUCUUGAGACAGAACUUAAAACCACAACUAAAUCCAAAGACUGACAGAGGAAGCACGCUUCUAAUAAUGCAGAGUAGAGUGCACAUCCUCCCAUUCCUGGCUGUCUGCCUGACUUUCAUUGCACUCUCAGAAGAAAUGACACUGACAAGAGCACGCGAGCUUAGGUGCCAGUGUGUAAAAACAGAGAGUAGGCCAAUCUCUCACAGACAUUUCCUGAACAUCGAACUCAUUCCAAAAGGGCCCCACUGCAAACAUCUGGAGGUCAUAGGCACUUUAAAAAAUGGUCAAGAAAUUUGUUUAGAGCCCACAGCUCCUUGGGUGAAGAAGCUCAUUGACAAAUAUCUGACUGAGCCAAAGACUACAGUAUCUCCUAAGUAACUGCAAUGUCUUCAUGUGAGACACGGAGAGAUAUCUGAAAAAGAAACUUCCUCCUGCGUUCAAAGAAGGAAUAUUUUCUAGAGAGACCUGCCAAGCGGCUUGAGCAUCUUUUUGUCUACAUAGGCUCCAUGUAAAUAAUAUGUUGUUACAUUUCUCUCUUGUUAACAAAACAAUGCCUUCAUGUUGUGCUAGUUGGCUUGGCAUUAGACAAAAGUGAGCGCUUGCCUCUUUUCUCUAUCGUCCUAAGUGGAUGCUGGGGUUCCUGAAA